UCAGUUUAAUGUUGGGCAUGGCCACAGUUGUGAAACAUUUCCACUAAAACUGAACCCCAUUCGGUAUUUGUUAGCGAGAGCGACGCACCUCCAGAGACAAAGUCCCAAAUCCAGGAUAACAUACGAACCCAAAAUCCAAACCUAACCUUUCCUACCUUCUGUUUACUCCCUAGACAGGAGGGCAAACCUCCUGUACCCUCCUUUUUUAACAUUUCGGGCGAACUUGCAGAAAACGCAAUAUCACGAACUGUGGGUGUGUGAAGGUGUUGUGGACUUAGUCUCUGAGUAGUGACACUCAGAGGGUAUUUUCGUAAUUUUCCGGCAAAUAUGAGGCUGCUGCCGAUAUACAUGUAUUGCUUCCUACUCUAUUUUUUAUGCCCUAUCUCAGUGCAUCGCUCUUGGUAACAUUAACCCCCACUCUGCUUUAUUUCAUAAUACAUUAAAUUACAAAACAUUUUAGAGAAGCAUGUCAUUUGUAUCAGUAUUGAAUGGGGGUCUUUGUUACCGAAAGCGAUGCACCUCCUGAGAUAAAGUCCCACAACCAGGCUGUCAUGCGAACCAAAAAUUCAAACCUAACCUUUCCUACCAUCUGUUUAUUCCCUAGACGGGGGCAAGCACCCUGUGCCCCCCUUGUAUUAGUACUUUAUGCCAAUUUGAAGAAAACACAACGUUAAGAACUGUGGCUGUGUGAGGGUGUUGUGGACUUAGUCUCUGAGCGGUAAUAUGCUUCAGAUAUUUUCAUCAUUUUAUUCUCUAAGAUGGCAGUGUCCAUUUCCCUCUAUCUCUGUGCAUCGCUCUCGGUAACAUUAACCAAACCUUGUCUUUUCAGAUAGUUUUCUUCAAAAGUGACACAAAAAAUUAUGACUAAUCUUUCGAUUAUUUAUCCAAAGAAGCAAACACCUAAAGGAUGAGACGAUCUGCUGCUCCAUCACAGCUGCUGAAGCGAGCACAAUUCAGACCUCCAUUUGCUAGUCAGCCACCAGCCAAACGACCUUGUCUUGAAAAGCCACAUUCAGCUCAGGAGAGACAAUCAGAAUCUCAGGAAAGUGAUGCCCCACCACAAUCAGCCUCCAAAGGACCACUUCGAACCACAGCAGAUAUUCUAUCCUUGUUGAAGAAGCCCCAGAAUACCCAUUCUGGUAUUCAGAAUGAUAAACCUAGUAACUUGUCAUCAGGUGCCACUGCAGUCAAGUACCCCUUAAGUGAAACAAAUAGGUACAGAGCCCUAGGUUUGUCCUCUUCAUUCAAGUCUGUUGGGCUGAAACCAGGAGGGCAAAGUUUGGUCCAAGGAGGCACAGAAAAUGAGCAGCCACAGGAAUCAAGGUAUUUCUCUGUUGUAUGGUGCAAGCUAUCGCGCAAGAAACACAAGAAUUGGGAGGGAGAUGCAGUUCUCGUAGUGAAAGGAAGAUCAGUUAUUCUCAAGGAUACUGAAGGAAAGGAGAUUGGUCGUGCAUCUGGAUACAAGCUGGCAGAUUUGGCAACAUUAGAAGAGGGAAACACACUUCCAAUUGGAGGCAAGGAAAUUGAGAUUCAAGGAGUAAUUAGUGCUGAGAGCUAUGCAACUGGACAGUGCUUUAUGGCAGGAGCCAGCCAAGCCACAACGGUUCCUGCUUCACCCGCCGUUGCCCCACGGCCCAAACCUAAACCAUUUCGUCUUCCCACCCUUGGACGUGGCCCCACUUGCGCUGGUAAACCACAAAUGGAGUGCACAAGUCUCUAUGAUCCAGCAAAGCCCAAUGCACUUGUCAUGCCAAGACCUCCACCACAACAUCAGUGGAAGCACAACUGUGCUAGUGCUCCUGUGGUGGAUGUUGUGAUUGAUCCCUACAUUAGUGGGAAAUUGCGACCCCAUCAGCAGAAUGGAGUUAUCUUCCUAUAUGAAUGUGUCAUGGGAUACAGAUUGAAUGAUAACUAUGGAGCAAUUUUAGCUGAUGAAAUGGGACUUGGUAAAACUCUACAGUGUAUCACCUUGAUAUGGACACUUCUAAAGCAGGGUCCCUAUGGAGGAAUGCCAGUAGUGAGGAGGGCUCUGAUCGUAACACCGUCAAGUCUGACAAACAACUGGGGAAAAGAAUUUAAAAAGUGGCUUGGAAAGGAAAGAAUACAGCCAUACGUUGUGGAUCAGAAUCACAAGGCAGAGGAUUUCAUCAAACAACAACACUCAGCUGUGAUGAUUAUAUCUUAUGAAAUGUUCAUGAGAUGUGCUGAAGUAAUUGAUAGUUACAGUUUUGACAUUUUGCUCUGUGAUGAGGGACACAGGCUUAAGAAUGCCAAUAUCAAGACCACUUCACUACUCUGUAGUUUGAACACCAGAAAAAGGGUCAUUCUAACAGGAACUCCCAUUCAGAAUGACUUACAGGAACUCUAUGCCCUAGUAGACUUUGUGAACCCAGGAGUCCUUGGUACAUCCGCCUCUUUCAGACGAAUAUAUGAAGAACCCAUAAUUGCAUACCAGCAACCGAUGGCAACAGAUAGUGAGAAGGAAUUAGGAGAAACACGAGCAGCACAGCUUAAUAGGAGUACAUCGCUCUUUAUUCUCAGACGUACACAAGAAAUUAUUAACAGGUAUCUGCCACCUAAGGUUGAGUACGUAGUGUUCUGCCAGCCCUCUGAAACACAGUUGAUGCUUUAUGAUGAAAUUGUUGGGUGCAAGACUCUUCGACAGUGUUUGAAUAGUAAUGAUGUGGGAGACCAUCUGUCAGCCAUUAUGGCUCUUCGCAAACUUUGUAACCAUCCUGCACUAUUAGCACAAGAUAAUGAGCAACAUUCACACAAAGAAAUGGCGAUGGAGUUAGCCAGUAUUCUUCCUGAACACAUAAAAUAUAAUCAAUUUGAUGAAGCUGAUAGUGGAAAAUUGGCUGUAGUGUCAUGCAUGUUAUGGUCACUUGCUGAAGCUGGUAAUGAGAAAAUUGUUCUUGUAUCCAACUACACAUCAACCUUAGAUAUGCUGGCUAUCUUAUGUGAGCGCUACAACUAUCAAUACUUGAGACUCGAUGGUUCAGUCCCAACAGGGAAGAGGCAGGAACUGGUGGACAGAUUCAACAAUAACUAUUCCAAAGACUUUGUCUUCCUUUUAAGCGCAAAGGCUGGAGGAGUUGGUUUAAACCUUAUAGGAGCCUCAAGGAUCCUUCUCUAUGACAUAGAUUGGAAUCCUGCAACAGACCUUCAAGCCAUGGCACGUGUGUGGAGAGAUGGCCAGCAGAAAAAAGUAUAUAUUUACAGGUUGUUAAUGACAGGAUCUCUAGAUGAGAAAAUGUAUCAGAGACAAGUUAGAAAGCAAGGACUGAGUGGAGCUGUAGUUGAUGCUCGUGACUCCGAGCGAGUUCACUUCUCUACAAAAGAACUUAAGGACUUGUUCACACUUCAUUCAAACACUGCCUGCCUAACACAUGAUAUGCUACAGUGCUCAUGUGAUCUUACUGGCCAGACCAUUGCAAUGCCAAACCCUGAAGAAAAUACUGAACCAGAGAGAUCUUGUCAACUUGGAGACCAUGGCCAGUACAAAUCCAGUUCUAACACUACAAUGGACCAGUUACAGAAGUGGUAUCAUAGUGCUGCACCUUUCUCCCCAGAGAUUAUAAGAGAUCCAUGCUUAGAGGCUGCCAGUGACUUUAUAACUUUCCUCUUUCAUAGUGUGUCUGACAGCUCAGUGAAGGAGAGGUCUGCUGUUCAGACUGAAGCUUGAGAAUGGACCACAUUAUUAUUUUGUAUUGGAUAUAUUGUAUGGAAAAGUAACUGAUUAAGUAGAUAAUAAUACUGUUGUGGUAAAAAACAAACCAUAAUUCUUUGUAUCUUCUGUUAUCAUAAUCUGUUUAAAAUUGUAUUGCCUUCAUUAAAAGAACAGUAAAUUAGCUGUUGGUUUGUAUAUUCUAGGUUAUUUUGUUGCACACAGAUGGCUCCAUAAGUGCUCAGCCAUCAAGGAGCCAAUUAUUAUGUAGUAGGCCAAUUAGUAGGCCCUACUGAUUUUCGUUUUUUUCUGGUCAUGGAUAUUAUUGACAUUAUGAUUGUGAAAACAAUAUUAAGAUGCUAAUAGCAAAAAUUGUAAACAUAGAAAAAAGCAGAUAGUGAUGUACGUUCAACUAGUAAUUGAUUCCUUUGCACUUGUGGAGCCAUCUAUGUUUUAACACAAACUAGAAUCAGUGGACAUGGAAUGCCAUCCAGGCACAGUGAUUUCAUGUUACCAGUUUGAGUGGCACACUAGGCCUAAGAAAUUUUGGUUAAGUAACUAGAAAAAAUUAAGCAAGAUGAUUCUUUUAUGCAUACCUAUGGAAUUACAUUUUAAAAAGAUUAGUUAAUACCACCAUUUUAUGACAGAAAAAUUGUAAUAAAAUAAGGAAUGUA